AUGGAGUCUGAGGGAGAGUAUGAAGAGUUUGAGGAAGAGUAUGAGGAAGAGUUCGAGGAGUAUGAGGAAGAGUAUGUCACGACAGAGUAUGUUGUGGAGAGGUCGGAGACGUCGUCGACGGUCACAGGGCCGCAAAUAACGCGUGUGCACGAGGUGCACGAAGUUCGGCAAGUGCCCCAAAUACAGGAGGUUCGGGAGGUGCGGGAGGUACAAGAAGUGCAGCAAGUUCCGCAAACACAGCAGAUACAGGAGCAUUCCCGACGAUUUUCCGAAGAUGUGGCGGGACACGGGCCGGUGCGGAGGGUCCGGAAGAAGGUGAAGGUGGACACCUCCAAGUUCAUGACCCCGUACCUGGCCCACAGUCACAAGAUGCAGAACCUGUUCAGCAACAAUAAGUACCGGCGUGCGUACGAUAAGUCGAGGGGCCGCCCCUACGCCAUCACCACGGAUACGCCUGAGCUGCAUCGCAUCAAGAAGGCCCAGGACCAGCUGAGCGAGGUGAAGUACCGCAUGCUGGGCCAGAAGGCUCAGACCUUGAGCAACUAUGAUGGACAGGCCAAGGACAUCGCCCACGCCAAGCACGUGUCCGACCUGGUCAGCAAGGUUCUGUACAGGCAGAAGUGGGACGAGACCAAAGACAAGUACCUCCUGCCCCCAGACGCCCCCGAGCUGGUGCUCGCUGUGAAGAACGCUGCUAACAUUAGCAAGAAACACUACACAGAGGCCUGGGACGAGGAGAAGCCCCUGUACUACCCCUACACCGACAGCCCAGAGCUGCGCAGGGUGGCCAAGGCACAGGAAGUCCUGAGUGAUAUCCAGUAUAAGAAGGGCCACGAUGAGCGCCUGGCCAACUUCACCCCGCUGGCCGAUCCUCCGGAUGUGGAGCUGGCCAGGAAAGCGUUCGCCCAGCGUAGCAACCUCAAGUACCACGAGGAUUACAACAAGAACGUGAAGGGCAAGUGGUGCGAGACGCCGUACCUGGACAUCGCCGUGGGGAAGAUGGCCAUGGACAACCUCAGUGCUAGGAAGUACCACGCUGACUUUGAGGACAAGAAAGACAAGAUUUGCUUCAUGCACACGGAGACGCCGGAGUACGACAUGCAGAAGAGAGCCGGGCAGGCCAGCAGUGCGGUGAAAUACAAGAAGAGCUACGAGAAGGACAAGGCCGUGUCCGACUACAACGUGCUCCCCGCCACGGAGAACCCCGUCAUGAGGCAGCAGAGAUACGCCGGCUCCAUCCUCAGCGAUAAAGUUUAUAAGGACAACUAUGAGAAAGCACGAGGACUGAGCAUCAACUACUGCGAGACGCCCAAGUUCAAGAUGGACUCCGCGAUGAAUCAGUUUAGUGAUGUGAACUAUAAGCAGAUGUAUGAGAACAAUGUGAAGGGGCACUAUGUGGGGAGUCCUGAAGACGUGUUCAUGCUUCACUGUCAGAACGCCGAGGAGAUUAAAGGCAAUAAAAAUUAUAGAGCUGAUUAUGAAGAUAUGAAGACGAUGUGCUACUUCCCCCAAACAGUCACUCCUGAGUAUGAGGCCAUAAAGAAGCUAGACCUGUGUAAUGAUAAAGUAUACAAGCAGCAUCCGGACACGUUGAAGUUCACCCCGGUGAUGGACUCACCAGUGCAACUGCAAGCAGCCCUCAACACGAAACAGCUGAGUGACCUGAACUACAAAGCCAAGCACGAACAGGAAAAGUUUAAGUGUUUCGUGCCCCCUGACGACCCCUUCUUUAUCCAGUCACGGAUCAACGCCUACAACCUCAGCGAUAAUUGUUACAAGUACGAAUGGGACACCAGUAAAGCCAAUAAGUUUCAGAUCAAGCUUGAUUCCAUCCCCAUAAUGGCAGCCCGUGCCCACACCAACAUAGCAAGCGAUGUGAAAUAUAAGAAAGAAUUUGAGAAGAACAAGGGACAAAUGGUUGGGGCCCUCAGUAUUCACGAUGACCCCAAAAUCCUGCACUCGGUCCAUGUAGCCAAAAUCCAAAGUGAUCGUGAGUACAAGAAAGACUAUGAGAAGAUGAAGACCAAGUACCACACCACCCUGGACAUGAUGCCGGUCACCCUGGCCAAGAAGUCCCAGGCCAUCGCCAGCAACACAGGCUACAAGAAGCUCCACACCAGCUACGUGCUGCCCUACGACAGCGUGGCCCUGGACCAGGCCAAAAGGGCCAACCAGCUGCAGAGCGAGAAUGACUACAGAUCUGAGUACAACAGCUACACAAAGGGCACGCCCUGGGUGCCGUUCGGCUCCAUGGAGGUGGAGAAGGCCAGAGUCGCUGGUGACAUCCUCAACGAGAAAAAGUACAGACAGCCCCCAGACACCAUCCCUUUCACUGCCAUUGAUGACCACCCCGUCAUGCUCCAGGCGAAAGCCAAUCAGCUGUUACGGAGUGACCUGCACUACAAGAAAGGUCUGGAGGAACUCCACCAGAAGUACUCCCUGCCUCCCGAUGUGCCUGAGUUUAUACAGGCCAAGUGCAACGCCUACAACAUCAGCAAGAACUACUACAAGCUUCCCAUGGAGGAGCUCAUUGCGAAGGGGUACAACCUGACGCUUGAUGCCAUUCCCAUCGUUGCUGCUAAGGCUGCUCGACAAGCUGCCAGUGAUUACCAGUACAAGAAGCAGUACGAGAAGGCCAAGGGCCAUCACGUGGGCUUCCGCAGCCUGCAGGACGACCCCUUGCUGGUGCACUACAUGAACGUGGCCAAGAUCCAGAGCGACAAGGAGUACACGAAGGACUACCACAAGGCCAAGCUGAAGUACCACACCCCCGUGGACAUGAUGAGCGUCAGCCAUGCCAAGCACGCCUCGGCCGCCACCACCGACGUGGGCUACAGGACCUACCUGCACCAGUACACCCUCCUGCCCGACGCCCUGCCCCUGCAGAACGCCCGGACUGUGAACAGCAGCUGUAGCAACGUGAACUACAAAUCUGACUAUGAGAACUACAUGAAGGGGACGGGCUGGGUUCCCAUCGGCUCCCUGGACAUGGAGAAAGUCAGGUCGGCGGGGAAGGCCCUGAAUGAGAAGGACUACAGGCAGCACCCCGACACCCUGAAGUUCACCAGCAUCACUGACUCGCCGGUCAUGGUUCAGGCCAAAGUGAACGCCUUGCAGCUCAGUGAUAGAGAGUAUAAAGCCAGUGGAGAGGAAUUCAAGCACACCUACCACCUGCCUCCAGAUGUCCCGCAGCUGGUUCUCGCCAAAUACAACGCCCUCAACAUCAGUCCGAAUUAUUACACGUAUGCUCAUAAGCAAGACCUUCUCAAAGGUCACCAGAUGAAGGAAGAUGCUAUUCCAAUUACAGCUGCCAAGGCCUCCAGAGAUAUUGCCAGCAAUUAUAAAUACAAGCUGGCUUACGAGAAGGCAAAGGGCCAUCACGUGGGCUUCCGCGAUAUCCACGACGACCCCUUGCUGGUGCACUACAUGGACGUGGCCAAGAUGCAGAGUGACAGGAACUACAAGAAGGACUACCACAAGUCUAAGCUGAAGUACCACACCCCGGUGGACAUGAUGAGUGUGCUGCAAGCCAAGAAUGCAUCUGCUGUGACCACCGACAUCGGCUACAGGACCUACCUGCACCGAUACACCCUCCUGCCCGACGCCAUACCCCUGGACCAGGCCCGCACCGUGAUGGACCUACAGAGCGAUGUGGCUUACAAAGCGGAUUAUAACAGCUCGUUGAAGGGCAUCGGCUGGGUCCCCAUCGGCUCCCUGGACCAAGAGAAGGCCAAGGCGGCCAAGAGCGCCUUGGAUGAGAAGUCGUACCGCCAGCACCCCAGCGCCCUGAAGUUCACCAGCCCCGUGGACUCCAUGAACAUGAGCCUCGCCAUGAGCAACACCAAGCAGCUCGAUGACGUUGCUUACAGAGCUUCUGGUGAGGAACACAAGCACGCGUACACCCUUCCCGUGGACCACCCACAGUUCAUCCAGGCCAAGUUCAACGCCAUGACCAUGAGUGACGCCCAUUAUAAGUCCCAGUGGCUGGAGGACAUCGCCAAAGGGCACAGUCUGAAGCUGGACGCGAUUCCCAUAGUCGCGGCAAAGCUGGGAAGACACAUCGCCAGCAACAUUCAGUACAAGAAAGACUACGAGAAGGCAAAGGGUCAUCACGUGGGCUUCCGCGAUAUCCACGACGACCCCUUGCUGGUGCACUACAUGGACGUGGCCAAGAUGCAGAGCGAGAGGAACUACAAGAAGGACUACCACAAGUCUAAGCUGAAGUACCACACCCCGGUGGACAUGAUGAGUGUGCUGCAAGCCAAGAAUGCCUCUGCUGUGACCACCGACAUCGGCUACAGGACCUACCUGCACCGAUACACCCUCCUGCCCGACGCCAUGCCCCUGAACCAGGCCCGCACCGUGACCGCCAGCGUUAGCGACAACGAGUACAAGAACGAGUACAACAACUACAUGAAAGGGGUGGGCUGGGUGCCCAUAGGCUCCCUGGCAGUGGAGACGGCCAAGGUUGGCAGUGACAUCCGGAGUGAGAAGAAGUACCGCACUCAUCCCUCCAAGUAUGAGUUCAAAAAGCUGAUGGACUCCAUGGACAUGGUUCUCGCCACCGCCAACAACCAGAUCAUGAACCAGAAAGCCUACACUGAUGCCUGGCAUAAGGACAAGCUCAAUGUCCACAUCAUGCCAGACAGCCCUGAGAUCCUGAUGGCGAAGGCCAACCAGCUCAACAUGAGCCAGAAACUUUACAAAUCUGGUAUGGAAGACAUGGCGAGGAAGGGAUACGACCUCAGUCUGGAUGCCAUUUCCAUCAAAGCAGCGAAAGCCUCCAGAGAUAUCGCCAGUGAUUACAAGUACAAGCUGGCCUUCGAGAAGGAGAAGGGCCAUCACGUGGGCUUCCGCGAUAUCCACGAUGACCCCUUGCUGGUGCACUACAUGGACGUGGCCAAGAUGCAGAGCGACAGGAACUACAAGAAGGACUACCACAAGUCUAAGCUGAAGUACCACACCCCGGUGGACAUGAUGAGUGUGCUGCAAGCCAAGAAUGCCUCUGCCGUGACCACGGACAUCGGCUACAGGACCUACCUGCACCGAUACACCCUCCUGCCCGACGCCAUGCCCCUGGACCAGGCCCGCACCGUGGCCGCCAGCGUUAGUGACCAUGAGUACAAGAACGAGUACAACAACUACAUGAAAGGGGUGGGCUGGGUGCCCAUAGGCUCCCUGGCAGUGGAGACGGCCAAGGUUGGCAGUGACAUCCAGAGUGAGAAGAAGUACCGCACUCAUCCCUCCAAGUAUGAGUUCAAAAAGCUGAUGGACUCCAUGGACAUGGUUCUCGCCACCGCCAACAACCAGAUCAUGAACCAGAAAGCCUACACUGAUGCCUGGCAUAAGGACAAGAUCAAUGUUCACAUCAUGCCAGACAGCCCUGAGAUCCUGAUGGCAAAGGCCAACCAGCUCAACAUGAGCCAGAAACUCUACAAAGCUGGUCUGGAAGAAAUGAGGAACAAAGGUUAUGACCUCCAGCUUGAUGCUAUUCCGGUCAGGGCUGCCAAGGCCUCCACAAACAUCGCCAGUGAUUACAAGUACAAACUGGCCUAUGAGAAGGAUAAAGGCCAUCACUUGGGUAUCCGCAAUCUCCAUGACGACCCCUUGCUGGUGCACUACAUGGAAGUGGCCAAGAUGCAAAGCGACAAGAACUACAAGAAGGGCUACCACUUGUCGAAGCUGAAGUACCACACCCCGGUGGACAUGAUGAGUGUGGUGCAGGCCAAGCAAGCGUCUGCCGCAGUCACCAACACCGGCUACCGGCAGCACAUCUCCCGGUACACCGUACUUCCAGAUGCCAUGAACCUGGUACUGGCACGUAACAUGCAAAGCAUUGCUAGUGAUAAUGUCUACAAAAGUGAUUACAACGCCUAUAUGAAAGGAAUGGGGUGGAUCCCCAUCGGUUCUCUGGAUGCUGAGAAAGCAAAGACGGCGACCAUGAUUGGCUCAGAGAAACUGUAUCGUCAGCAUCCCUGCAAUUUGAAAUUCACCAAAGACAUGCAAUCCAUGGACAUGGUCCUGGCCACCGCAAACGCCCAGGUCAUGGACAGGCACUCAUACAUUGACGCCUGGGAGAAGGAUAAGACCAAGAUCCACGUCAUGCCCGAUGCCAUGGAUGUAACUCUGGCACGGCAAAACAUGGCCAACUACAGCGAGAAACUGUACCGACUUGCUAAUUAUGAGGACAAGAAGAAGGGGUAUGACCUGCCUUCUGAUGCUAUCGCUCUCAAGUCAGCCAAGGCGUCCAGGGACAUCGCCAGUGAUUACAAGUACCAUGAAGGAUACCGCAAGCAAGUUGGCCAUCAUAUUGGCGCCCGGAGCAUUCAAGACGACCCCUUGCUCAUGCUGGCUUUGAAUUCAGCCAAGAUCGCCAGUGAUGCUCUGUACAAGAAGGACUUCCACAAGUCCAAGACUAGUUUCAACCUUCCAGUGGACAUGAUGGCCUUCGAGUUGGCCAAGAAGAACCAGAUUCAGGUCAACGACUUCAACUACAGGAAUCGCCUGCACAACUGGACCUGCCUGCCUGACUCCAACGAUGUAGUCCAUGCCAGGCAGGUCUAUGACCUACAGAGUGAUAUUGUGUACAAGUCAGACCUGAAGUGGCUCCAGGGUCUUGGCUGGGUUCCUAUUGGUUCCCUGGAUGUUGAGAAAGUCAGAAAAGCUGGGGAGGCCCUGGAUGAGAGGAAAUAUCGCCAGCACCCCUCAAACUACAAACACACCACCACCAUGGAAGAUAUGCCAAUGGUUCUAGCCAAAGCCAAUGCAGUGGUUAACAACAAGCGCCUGUACACUGAAGCCUGGGACAAUGAGAAGACUAUUAUACACAUCAUGCCUGAUGCCAUGGAUGUAGCUCUGGCUCGGCAGAACAAGGCAAACUACAGCGAGAAACUGUACAGACUUGCUAAUGAGGAGGCUAAGCAGAAGGGCUAUGACCUGCCUGUUGAUGCUAUCACUCUCAAGUCAGCCAAGGCAUCCAGAGACAUUGCCAGUGAUUACAAGUACCACGAAGGAUACCGCAAGCAGGUCGGUCAUCAUAUUGGCGCCCGGAGCAUUCAAGACGACCCCUUACUCAUGCUGGCUUUGAAUUCAGCCAAGAUCGCCAGUGAUGCUCUGUACAAGAAGGACUUCCACAAGUCCAAGACUAGUUUCAACCUUCCCGUGGACAUGAUGGCCUUCGAGUUGGCCAAGAAGAACCAGAUUCAGGUCAAUGACUUCAACUACAGGAAUCGCCUGCACAACUGGACCUGCCUGCCUGACUCCAACGAUGUAGUCCAUGCCAGGCAGGUCUAUGACCUACAGAGUGAUCUUGUGUACAAGUCAGACCUGAAGUGGCUCCAGGGUCUUGGCUGGGUUCCUAUUGGCUCCCUGGAUGUUGAGAAAGUCAGAAAAGCUGGGGAGGCCCUGGAUGAGAGGAAAUAUCGCCAGCACCCCUCAAACUACAAACACACCACCACCAUGGAAGAUAUGCCAAUGGUUCUAGCCAAAGCCAAUGCAGUGGUUAACAACAAGUUUCUGUACACUGAAGCUUGGAACAAUGACAAAAGGACCAUACACAUCAUGCCUGAUGCUAUGGAUGUCGUUCUGGCUCGACAGAACAAGGCAAACUACAGUGAGAAACUGUACCGGCUAGCUAAUGAGGAAUCUAAACAGAAGGGCUACAACCUGCCUACUGAUGCUAUCACUCUCAAGUCAGCCAAGGCAUCCAGAGACAUUGCCAGUGAUUACAAGUACCAUGAAGGCUACCGUAAGCAGAUUGGACAUCAUAUCGGAUUCCGUUGUGUGGAAGAUGAUCCCAUGAUGAUGAGGGCCAUGAAUACAGCCAGGAUUGCCAGUGAACUUGUGUACAAGAAGGACUUCCACAAGUCCAAGACCAAGUACAACCUUCCAGCGGACAUGCUGGCCCUUGAGCUGGCCAAGAAGUGCCAGAUCCAAGUCAACGACUUCAACUACAGGCAUCACCUACACAACUGGACCUGCCUGCCCGACUCCAACGAUGUGGUCCACGCCAGGCAGGUCUAUGACCUACAGAGUGAUGUCGUGUACAAGUCGGAUCUGAAGUGGCUCCAGGGUCUUGGCUGGGUUCCUAUUGGUUCCCUGGAUGUGGAGAAAGUCAGAAAAGCUGGGGAGGCCCUGGAUGAGAGGAAAUAUCGCCAGCACCCCUCAAACUACAAACACACCACCACCAUGGAAGAUAUGCCAAUGGUUCUAGCCAAAGCCAAUGCACUGGCUAACAACAAGUUUCUGUACACUGAAGCUUGGAACAAUGAUAAGACUAAUAUACACAUCAUGCCUGAUGCCAUGGACGUGACUCUGGCUCGACAGAACAAGGCAAACUACAGUGAGAAACUGUACCGACUUGCUAAUGAACAGGCUAAGCACAAGGGUUAUGACCUGCCUGUUGAUGCUAUCACUCUCAAGUCAGCCAAGGCCUCCAGGGACAUUGCCAGUGAUUACAAGUACCAUGAAGGAUACCGCAGGCAACUCGGUCAUCAUAUCGGAUUCCGUUGUGUGGAAGACGACCCCAUGAUGAUGAGGGCCAUAAAUACAGCCAAGAUCGCCAGUGAACUUGUGUACAAGAAGGACUUCCACAAGUCCAAGACCAAGUACAACCUUCCAGCGGACAUGCUGACCCUUGAGCUGGCCAAGAAGUGCCAGAUCCAAGUCAACGACUUCAACUACAGGCAUCGCCUACACAACUGGACCUGCCUGCCCGACUCCAACGAUGUGGUCCACGCCAGGCAGGUCUAUGACCUACAGAGUGAUGCUGUGUACAAGUCAGACCUGAAAUGGCUACAGGGCAUUGGCUGGGUCCCCAUUGGCUCUCUUGACGUUGAGAAAGCCAAAAAAGCCGGAGAUAUCCUGAGUGAGAGGAAGUAUCGCCAGCAUCCAAGCGAUUUUCCCUUCUACAGCUCCACAGACUCCUUGGAAAUGGUGUUGGCACAGACCAAUGCUGUGGUCAUGAACAAACGCCUGUACACUGAGGCUUGGGAUAAGGAUAAGAGGACCAUCCACAUCAUGCCUGACACCCCUGAGAUCCUGCUGGCCCAGCAGAAUAAACUCAACACCAGCUUGCAAUACUACCGGCAAGGUUAUGACGCAGAUCUGAAGAAGGGCUAUCUCCUGCCCGAGGAUGCCAUCUCAAUUAAGAGUGCCAAGGCUUCAAGGGACAUCGCCAGUGAUUACAAGUAUCACGAGGGAUACCGCAAGCAACUCGGUCAUCAUAUCGGAUUCCGUUGUGUGGAAGACGACCCCAUGAUGAUGAGGGCCAUAAAUACAGCCAAGAUCGCCAGUGAACUUGUGUACAAGAAGGACUUCCACAAGUCCAAGACCAAGUACAACCUUCCAGCGGACAUGCUGACCCUUGAGCUGGCUAAGAAGUGCCAGAUCCAAGUCAACGACUUCAACUACAGGCAUCGCCUACACAACUGGACCUGCCUGCCCGACUCCAACGAUGUGGUCCACGCCAGGCAGGUCUAUGACCUACAGAGUGAUAAUGUGUACAAAUCUGACCUGGAGUUUAUGAAGGGUAUUGGGUGGAUCCCAAUUGGUUCGCUGGAUGUCACAACGGUCAAGAGAGCAGGGGACAUCCUGAAUGAACGGCUGUACCGGCAGAAGCCAGACACCCUUACAUACACGAUAGAUAUGACAGCAAUACCUAUGGUCCUGGCGAAGGAAAAUGCCGUGACAAUGAACAAGCACCGGUACAAUGAAGCUUGGGAUCAAGAUAAGACCAAUAUUCACCUGACUCCAGACAUGCCAGAGUUUCUUCUCGCAAAGGCCAACGCUCUGAACAUGAACAAGAAAUUGUACAGACAAGGCUACGAGGAAACUAUCAGCAAGGGCUACGAUUUGAGACCUGACUGCAUAUCUAUAAAAGUAGCGAAGGCAUCCAGAGACAUCGCCAGUGACUACAAGUACCAUGAAGGAUACCGCAAGCAACUCGGUCAUCAUAUCGGAUUCCGUUGUGUGGAAGACGACCCCAUGAUGAUGAGGGCCAUAAAUACAGCCAAGAUCUCCAGUGAACUUGUGUACAAGAAGGACUUCCACAAGUCCAAGACCAAGUACAACCUUCCAGUGGACAUGCUGACCCUUGAGCUGGCCAAGAAGUGCCAGAUCCAAGUCAACGACUUCAACUACAGGCAUCGCCUACACAACUGGACCUGCCUGCCCGACUCCAACGAUGUGGUCCACGCCAGGCAGGUCUAUGACCUACAGAGUGAUGCUGUGUACAAGUCAGACCUGAAAUGGCUGCAGGGCAUUGGCUGGGUCCCCAUUGGCUCUCUUGACGUUGAGAAAGCCAAAAAAGCCGGAGAUAUCCUGAGUGAGAGGAAGUAUCGCCAGCAUCCAAGCGAAUUUCCCUUCUACAGCUCCACAGACUCCUUGGAAAUGGUGUUGGCACAGACCAAUGCUGUGAUCAUGAACAAAAGAGCUUACACUGAGGCCUGGGAAACCGACAAGGUCAACAUCCACAUGAUGCCUGACACGCCUGCGAUUAUCCUGGCCCAGCAGAACAAACUCAACACCAGUGCGAAGUAUUACAGACAGGACUACGACGAUAGUCUGAAGAAGGGGUACCUCAUGCCCAAGGACGCCAUCGCGGUCACGGCAGCGAAGGCCUCCAGAGACAUCAUCAGUGAUUAUAAGUACAAGACAGGAUACCGCCGGCAACUCGGACACCACAUUGGGGCUCGCUGCGUCGAGGACGACCCCCUGAUGGUCAUGGCCAGGAAUGCUGUCCAGAUCUCCAGCGAUGUUGUGUACAAGAAGGACUUCCACAAAUCCAAGACCAAGUAUAACCUUCCCGUGGACAUGCUGUCCAUUGAGCUGGCUAAGAAGUGCCAGACGCAAGUCGAUGACUUCAACUACAGGACACGCCUGCACAACUGGACCUGCCUGCCCGACUCCAACGACGUGGUCCACGCCAGGAAAGUGUACGAUCUUCGCAGCGACGCGGUGUACAAGUCCGACCUCGAGUGGAUCAAAGGCUGUGGCUGGAUGCCCCAUGGGUCUCUGGAUGUCACCCAGGCCAAGCACGCCCAGGACAUACUCAACGAGAGGCUCUACCGCCAGCACCCCAGCAUGAUCCAGUUCACCAGCAUCCCUGACCUACCCAGCAUCAUCCAGGCCAAGCAGAACGCUGACCUGCUCAGCGAUAUGAAGUACAAAGAGAUUUGGGAAAAAGAGAAGACUGACAUACAUCUGAGACCUGACAUGCCUUCCAUGGAGCUGUCGAGAGCCAAUGCCAUUAAUGUCAGCAAUAAAUUGUACACAAAGGACUGGGAUGCUCAGAAGGCCCAUGAAUGCCACAUCAAUGCAGAUGCCAUUCCUCUCCUGAAUGCUAAAGCUUCAAGGGACAUCAUCAGUGAUUACAAGUACCAUGAUGGAUACCGCAAGGACCUCGGCCAUCUCAUCGGAUACCACUGCAUCCAGGACGACCCCCUGAUGGUGAGGGCCAUGAAUGCAGGAAAGAUCAUCAGCGAUGUUGUGUACAAGAAGGACUUCCACAAAUCCAAGACCAAGUAUAACCUUCCUGUGGACAUGCUGUCCAUUGAGCUGGCUAAGAAGUGCCAGACGCAAGUUGAUGACUUCAACUACAGGACACGCCUGCACAACUGGACCUGCCUGCCUGACUCCAACGACGUCGUCCACGCCAGGAAAGUGUACGAUCUUCGCAGCGACGCUGUUUACAAGUCGGACCUGGAAUGGCUGAAGGGUGUUGGUUGGAUGCCACAUGAAUCCUUGGAGGUGCUAAAAGUGAAGAAUGCUCAGAAGAUCCUGGCAGAUAGAGGCUACCGUGUCAAACUGGAUGAACUGAAUUUCUCUGCUCCUGUGGACAGACUGGACUUUCUCUGUGCCAAGAAUGCUGCCGACAUCCUCAAUGAGGCCAAGUACCGAGAAGCCUGGCACACAGACAAGACCAAGUACACCCUGGUGGACACUCCACAGAUGGCAGCUGCUAGGGAGGCCGCUAAGAACAUCAACCAGCACCUUUACAUCCAGGAAUGGGAGAAGACAAAAGCCUCAGGCUACCAUCUGCCGGUGGAUGCUGUGCCACUCAAGCACAGUGCUCUGUCUUCUAAAAUCCAGAGUGAUUACACCUACCAUGAAGGCUACCGUAGGCAGCUCGGACAUCACAUCGGGUUCCGCUGUGUCCAAGACGACCCCUUGAUGGUGAUGGCCUUGAACGCAGCCAAGAUCGCCAGUGACGCUCUGUACAAGAAGGACUUCAACAAGUCCAAGACCAAGUUCAACCUUCCGGUGGACAUGCUGGCCUUUGAGUUGGCCAAGAAGUGCCAGAUUCAAGUCAACGAUGACCACUACCGGACACGUCUGCACGAGUGGACCUGUCUGCCCGACCAGAAUGACGUGAUCCAGGCCCGGAAAGCGUACGACCUCCAGAGUGAUUACGUGUACAAAGCAGAUUUGGAGUGGAUCCGUGGAUGCGGUUGGGUGGCACUGGACUCAGUGGAUCACGUAAAAGUGAAGAAGGCGCAGGAGAUUCUGAACCACAGGCUCUAUACGAAAGACGCCAAGGACAACUUCGAGAGAUUCACUCACAUCGUGGAUCGUCCGGAGAUCAUCCAGGCCAAGAUCAACACCUUCCACCUCAGUGAUCUGAGGUACAAAGAGACCUUCAACUUGGAGAAAGGAAAGUACAUCGGGUCAGAGGACACGCCCCUGAUGUCCCACUGUAGGGAGGUCUCCAAGAUCCUCAGUGAGAAACUGUACAAGUCACACUGGGACAGCAGCAAGGCCACUGGUUACCAGCUGGACAAUGACUACGUCCCAUUGGUGGAAGCAAAGCGCAACAAGGUGAUCACCAGUGAGGUGAAGUAUAAGGAUGCCCACGAGAGGGCGAAGGGGCACUACAUGGCCGGAACCACGGUGGACUUCCCCGAGGUCGUGCACGCCGGCGGCAUCGAGAAGAUGAAGAGUCUGAGAACUUAUCGGAAAGCAUAUGAAGACACAAAGACGAAGCUCCACAUCCCGUACGAUAUGAUAAACCACGUGGUGGCCAAACGCUGCCAGGACAUCCUCAGUGACAUCCAGUACCGCACCUACCUGCACCAGUGGACCUGCCAUCCCGACCAGAACGAUGCCAUCCGCGCCCGCAAGGCCAAUGAGAUCUUGAGCGAUGUGUUCUACAAAGAAGACCUCAACUGGAUAAAGGGUACGGGUUGCUUCAACUGGGACACACCAGAGAUUAUCCGAGCCAAGAACGCAUACGAUCUGCAGAGUGAACUCAAGUACAGAUUGGAGGCAAAGAAGGGAUUCAACGACUACUCCAUUGUGACAGACACCCCGUCGUAUGUGACCGCUGUCCUGGGUCACACCUGGGCCAGUGAGCUGAACUACCGGGAGGCCUACCACGCUAAGAAACACGAGUACACCACAGUACUGGACACCUUCGACUACGUGAGGUGCCAUCACCUGAAAAGCAUCUACAGCAACAAAUUGUACAAAGACGUGUGGGAGAAGGUCAAGGCCACGGGGUACAACCUAACGCUGGACGCCCAGCCUCUUGCCCACGCCAAACAGCAGAAGGUUCUCAUGAGCAAUGUGAAGUACCGGGAGGAUUACGAGAAGUUCAAGUCGCUCUACUGCCUGCCCAAAUGCCUGGAGGACGACCCUGGGACAGCGAGGUGCAUUCGCGUGGGGAAGCUCUGCCUCGACCGCUUGUACAAGGACGCCUACGAGAAGUCCAAAGCCAGGAUACACAUCCCGCCCGACAUGCUGGAGGUGGUGUCCGCCCGCACCACGCAGAAUCGGGUCAGCGACAUCGACUACCACAAGUACCUGCACGAGUGGAUCUGCCUGCCAGACAUGCAGGUCUACGUCCAGGCGCGCAAGGUCAACGAGCAGCUCAGCGACGUCUUCUACAAGGAUGACCUGAACUGGCUGAAGGGGGUUGGCUGCUUGGUGUGGGACACGCCCGAGAUCCUGAGGUGCAAGCACUCGUAUAAUCUCCAGAGCCAGAACCAAUACAAAGCCAAAGCUGUGGAGCAGCUGAAUAAAUUCACUGAAGUGAUGGACACCCCCGUGUACAUGACAUGCCAAUCCAGCGCCAUCCAGAACAGUGAGCUCAAGUAUCGCAGCGAUUACAUCACGGGCGUCAGAGGCACCAGCAUGUCCACGCCGGUCACCCUGGACACGGAGAGAGCACGGCGGGGGAACUACAUCCAGAGCGACAACAUUUACAAGGAGGCCAACAAGAACUUCAUGCCCACUGGAUACAAAAUGCCACUGGACACGCCGUACAACAAGCAGGCUAAGUUGAACAGCCUCAUCGGCAGCAAUGUGAAGUACAAGGAAGCUUAUGACCUCAUGAAAGCGAAGUGCUACACCAUCGACCACAGAAGCUCCACCUUCGUCAACAUCAAGAAGGCAAACCAGGUCAUGAACGAGCGCCUGUACCGCCAGCUUUACCACAGGAUGAAGGACAAGAUCCACACCACCUACGACACGCCGGAGAUCAGACAGGUGAAGGCCACCCAGAAAGCUGUCAGCGACCUGUGCUACAAGCAGAACUACUUCAAUAACCGGGGGAACCUGAUCUCCUUGCCCAUCACUCCUGAGCUGAUGCACUUCCACCACGUGAACCAGAUCACCAGCGAUGUGAGGUAUAAGGAGGACCUGCAGUGGCUGAGGGGACUGGGCUGCUUCAUGUAUGACACACCUGAGAUGGUCCGAAUCCGUCACCUCAACAAUUUCCGGAUGAACUACGAGGUCGACGCCAAGAAGUCCCGCAGCCAGUAUUCCGUGGUGCUGCACACGCCGGAGUACAAGCGCGUGUCCGAGCUCAAAGUCCACCUGAGCAACCUGGUGUACAAAGCUAAAGGCAACGUGGAGAAGACCAAGUUCAACUGCAAACCCGACUGCAUUGACAUCCUCAGGGCCAAGUGGGCUCAGCAGCUUACCAACAAGUACCUGUACACAGACCUGGCAGCGAGGGAGCGCUGUUUCUUCACUCUGACCACAGACAGCCCGAUGCUGCAUCAUUCCCGCAACAUGAAGGUGGUGUACAGCGAGAAAAAGUACAAGGACCAGUACGAGAGGCUGAAGCACAAGCACACGUCCAUCGUCGACACGCCCAUCGCCAUCCGCGCCAAGAAGGCCUACCUCAACGCCAGCGACCUGCGGUACAAAGAGGCGUUUGAGCUGGCCAAGGGGCACUACCACACCGUGAAGGACGCCCUGGACAUCAUCUACCACCGCAGGGUCACCGACGACAUCAGCCGGGUGAAGUACAGGGAGAAGUACAUGAGCAAUCUGGGCCUGUGGAGCUCCAUCCCCGACCGGCCAGAGCUCUUCCACCACAGGGUCGUGGGUCACAACGCCAGCACAGUGAAGUACAAGGAGGACCUGGAGUGGUUGAAGGGCAUUGGCUGCUAUGUGUGGGACACCCCGCUGAUGGUGCUAUCGGAGAACAACAGGAGCCUAUACAGUCAGAGGCUGUACAAAAUGUCCUCUGAGAAGAACAGAGACAACUUCUGCUACACCAGUGACGCUCCGUUCUUCCGCGUGGCCAAGCACGCGUCCACCCUGGUCGACUAUACCAGGUAUAAGUCCAGCGCCAAGGAGCUUCUGAAGAGCGGCUGCAAUGAGCUUCUGCGGCCAGACAUCCUCACCGCCAUUUAUAACUCUAACAUGUGGAGUAAGUGGAAGUACCGGGAGAAGUAUGAGAAGGAGAAGGACAAGUACACCACCGUCCUGGAGACACCACAGCACUACAUGCAUGAGCGCAACAGGAAGAUCAGCGACAUCAUUUAUAAGAUGGAGUACCACAUGAAUAAAGACAAGGCGUACACCCUGGGGCACGACACCCCCACCCAGCUCCACAUGAAGAAGGUCAAAGACUUCCCCAGCCUGAUGAAGUACAGGGAGAUCUACGAGAGGAACAAAGCCCACAUCAACAUCGCCCCCGACGCCCACUCCAUCCGCGCUGCCAAGGAGGCCUACAGGAACAUCACCAAUCUCGAGUACAAGAAGAAGUACGAGGCCACCAAGAGCAAGUGGAUCUGGACCGUGGACCGACCCGACUUUCUGCAGGCCGCCAAGACCAGCUUCCAGCAGAGCGACGUGGAGUAUAAGUACGACAGAGAGUUCCUGAGGGGCUGUAAGUUGUCCGUGGUGGACGACAAGCUCGCCAUUCUGGCCAAGAACACCGGCGAGAUGUACAGCUAUCUGAAAUACAAGGAUAAGUAUGAGAAGGCGCGGGGGACCUACAUCGCUGUUCCUGACACCCCUCAGACGCGCCACUUCAGAUCUGUGGCCUCCCUGAGCUCUGAGACUAAGUACAAGGAGGCCAGCAAGAAGGAGCGCCCCAAGGGCUCGUACACCACCCUGCCCCAGACCCGCGACACGGCCCACAGCAGGCAGAUCACCAAGCUCGUGAGCGAGAAUCAGUACAAGAAGAACUUCAAGGCGGAGAAGGGCAAGGCCCUCCACAACAAAAUGGUGUCUCCUCCAGAUGUGAAGCACGCCAUCGACGUGGCAAAGUGCCAGAGCAACCUUGCCUAUAAGGCGGAUGGGAAAAUCAAACGCAACUACACUCCCGUGGCUGACCGUCCGGACAUCCGAAAGGCGACGCAGGCCGCCAAACUCAUCAGCGAUAUUGGCUACCGUAACAAGGCUAAGGAGGAGGCCAGCAAAGGUGGGUCUUUGGCCCACCGGCCCGACAUCGACCUGGCAACACGAGUGUCCAAGCUGAACAGCCAGGUAAGGCCCCCCCCCCAUUCAUUAAUAACCCUUUAACAAGAGUGUAUAAGGGUGUCAGGAACUGUUAAUGAGCUGCAGUACAAGCAGAAGUUCAACAAGGAGAUGAAGGGGAUGCGACCCCAGUACGACCCGAAGCAGAGCCAGGUGUACCAGGUCCAGAAGGACGCCAGCACGUUCGCCAGCGAGGUGAAAUAUAAGGGGGAUCUGAAGAAGAUGCACAAGCCGGUGACAGACAUGUCCGAGUCCCUGUCCAUGCAUCACCACCUGAGCACCAGCAAGCUGGCCAGUGACUACCAGUACAAGAGGAAAUUUGAGGCGAGUAAGGGUCACUACCUGGUGAUCCCCGACACGCCCGAACAGCUCCACCACAAGGAGGCGUCGGACCUGCAGAGCCAUAUCAAGUACAAGGAGAAGUACGAGAAAGAGCGGGGCAAAGCCAUGCUGGACUUCGAGACGCCCACCUACGUCUCAGCCAAGGAGGCCCAACAGAUGCAGAGCCAGAAAGUCUAUCAGAAGGACUUUGAGGAGUCCAUGAAGGGCAGAAACCUCUCUGGGCUGGAGGUCACCCCGGCCAUGUUACACGUCAGACACGCCACCAAAAUAGUCAGCGAGAAAGAGUACAGGAGGGAUCUGGAGGAGGGGGUAAAAGGGAAGGGGUUAAUGGUGCUGGAGGACACUCCGGAUCUGCUAAGAGCGAAGAACGCCACUCACAUCCUGAACGAGAAAGAGUACAAGAAGGGUCUGGAGACGGACAUCAAGGGCAAGGGGCUGCCUCUGUCCACGGACACACCCGACUUCAUGAGGGCCAAGAACGCCACCGACAUCCUCAGUGAGGUGAAGUACAAGCAGACGGCCGAGCAGGACCGGGCCAACUACACGUCUGUCAUCGACACGCCAGACAUCCUCCACGCCCAGCAGAUGAAGACCAUGGUCAGCCAGAUUAAAUACAAGGAAGACGCAGAAAGGACCAUGUCCCAUUACAUACCGGUACUGGAGACUCCAGAAAUGCACAGAGUCCGAGAGAACCAGAAGAACUUCAGCAUGAAUCACUACCAGAUUGACCUUAAAAACACAAAGGGCAAAGUGUGUGCUGUUCAGGAAACGCCAGAAAUCCUCCGCGUUAAAGAGAAUCAAAAGAAUUUCAGCUCGAUUUUGUACAAAGAGGACUUGGGAGGUGGAACGGCGAUCGCUGAGACGCCAGAGAUGGAGAGAGUUAAGCGAAACCAGCAGGCCAUUAGCACGAUUGACCUUAAAAGCACAAAGGGCAAAGUGUGUGCUGUUCAGGAAACGCCAGAAAUCCUCCGCGUUAAAGAGAAUCAAAAGAAUUUCAGCUCGAUUUUGUACAAAGAGGACUUGGGAGGUGGAACGGCGAUCGCUGAGACGCCAGAGAUGGAGAGAGUUAAGCGAAACCAGCAGGCCAUUAGCACGAUUAAAUACAAGGAGUCUGUGGGCCAAGGUACAGCCAUUCCGGACCUACCAGAAGUGAAAAGAGUCCGGGAGACCCAGAAGAACAUCAGCUCGAUUUUGUACAAAGAGAACUUGGGAGGUGGAACAGCCAUAGCAGAGACUCCGGAGAUGGAAAGAGUUAAACGAAACCAGAAGGCCAUUAGCACGAUAAAGUACAAGGACUCCCUGGGCCAAGGCACCGCCAUUUCGGACCUGCCGGAGGUGAAGCGCGUCCGGGAGACCCAGAAGCACAUCAGCUCGGUGAUGUACAAGGACAUCGCUGGCAAGGGAACCCCUGUGGUGUACACUCCGGAGAUGGAACGAGUCAAGCGCAACCAAGAGCACAUUAGCUCGGUGCUGUACUCCGACAGCUUCCGCAAGCAGGUGCAGGGCAAGGCCGCGUUCGUCCUGGACACGCCCGAGAUGAGGCGCGUCAGGGCGACCCAACGGCACAUCUCCGGGGUGAAGUACCACGAGGAAUUCGAGAGGAACAAGGGCUGCUUCACGCCCGUGGUGUCAGACCCGGUGACCGAGCGUGUGAAGAAGAACACGCAGGACUUCAGCGACAUCACCUACCGCGGCAUCCAGAGACGCGUGGUGGAGAUGGAGAGGAAGAGGCCAAUGGAUCAUGACCAGGAGACCAUCACAGGCCUGCGCGUGUGGCGAACAAACCCGGGCUCCGUCUUCGACUACGACCCCGCAGAGGACAACAUCCAGUCCAGGAGCCUGCACCUGAUGACAGUGCAAGCCCAGCGGCGCAACAAGGAGCACUCCCGCUCGACCAGCGCCAUGAGCGCCGGGGAUGAGAAGUCGGAGGUCUCGGAGAACGUGGACCACCACAUGUCCAUCUACAGCAAUGGCUUCGGGAGCUCCUCCGUAGCUUACCCUCAGGCCAAGACCGUGGAGCUGCAGCAGAGGUCUUCUUCUGUGGUCACCCAGCAGACCAACGUGUCCUCUGUCCCCUCCCAUCCUUCCACUACUGGGAAAUCCGUGCGAGCCAUGUACGACUACACCGGCACGGACAGCGACGAGGUGACCUUCAAAGACGGCGACGUCAUCGUGAACGUGCAGUCCAUCGACGAGGGCUGGAUGUAUGGCACGGUGCAGCGUACCGGCAAGACGGGCAUGCUGCCAGCCAAUUACGUGGAGGCCAUCUAGACAAGCCCCGCCCCCUUGGCAGCAAGUGUGAAAUCCAUUGGCAGUUAGGUUUCGUAGGGAUUUAGCGUGUAGGGAUUUAGCGUGUAGGGCUUUGUUUUAUUUCUAGUGUUUGCACUGCAUUACUGAUAAUGGAGAAAUACAUGCUGCUAACUAUGGCCAUUAAGUUUGAAAUGUCAAUCCCAAACAGAACAGCACUGAUAAACUAAAAUGAAAUAAACUUUUUGGAGCCUGUUUUGUGAAAUCGAUCACCUGUCCACCGACCAGACCAGUUGGGUGGGGGAGCGAUUUAUUGUAUGAACUUUCCCCUUAUCCGAUAACGUGAAACUGAACACGGUUCUCGGCUCUGAACUUUUGCACUUAAUGGCUGCACACUAACUUUUCUAUUUUUCCUGAAAGAAAAUGAGGUUUAAUACUACCGAGCUGAAAUCAAUAAAAUGGUAACCCACACUACCUACCAAAGAGGUAGAAGUCUUGAAUCAAGGAAAUGCCACCCCCCUGAAGACAAAAAAAAAAAAAAAAAAGAGCCUUCUCACUCCUUUGCCUGUCAGUAAUGCAAGCAUCCCCCUUUUCUUCUGAGUAGCCUAGCUCGGCAGGCCUGGUGGGGUUGAGGAAGAUG